AUGACGAAUAAUGAGAGGACUUUCAUUUGCAUCAAACCAGAUGCUGUACAACGGGGUUUAAUUGCCAAGAUUAUUUCUCGUUUCGAAGAACGAGGAUAUAAAUUAAUUGCUAUGAAAAUGAUGCAUGCAUCGCGACAACAUUUAGAAAUUCACUAUAAAGAACUGAAUGGCAAGCCGUUUUUCAAUGAUCUUAUUAAUUAUAUGUCAUCUGGGCCCGUUGUUCCUAUGGUAUGGGAAGGUCUCGAUAUUGUUAAACAAGGACGUCUAAUGCUUGGUGCAACUAAUCCACUUGCGUCUAAUCCAGGAACGAUUCGUGGUGAUUAUUCUAUUCAAACUGGUCGUAACAUUGUUCAUGGAUCAGAUUCAUUGCAAUCGGCCGAACGAGAAAUAGCUCACUGGUUUAAACCAGAAGAACUUGUGGAAUGGAAAUCAGCAAAUACUGUUUGGCUUUAUGAAUAA